GGCAAGCACCUUUUACUCAGCACCCUACACUCUAUAAGCUGCUUUAAUUCAUUCUUCACGCAAAGAUUAGGCAAGGAAUUAGCAUCAGCAACUAUUCCCUCUUAAAUCAUUUCUAUACCGCGUGCCAUGGAAUUCCCUCCCAAGCAAACAUACUCUAUUUAUAAACGCUUCACUUUUUAAGUCUUCCAGCACGCUCACACUGAGUCACUGACACAUCUCGCUACUGCUAUAGCUCCAUGCAGCUGAAGCUCCGAGGUGCCUCGGCGUGGUUUCACCGGCCGGAGCAGUAGAUCACCGGGAGGGAGCUGCUCAGCGGUUGGCAUCGGCCGAUCGAUCGUGAUGGCGGCGACGGCGAGGAAGCUGAUCGUGGAGGUGGUGGAGGCGCGGGACCUGCUGCCCAAGGACGGGACGGGCACGUCGAGCCCCUACGCGCGCGCCGACUUCGACGGGCAGCGCCGGAAGACGCGCACGGUGGCCAGGGACCUCAACCCGGCGUGGAACGAGGCGCUCGAGUUCGAUUUCCCGGCCGCCGGCGUCGGCGCCGAGGGGGAGCCGCUCGAGGUCGCCGUGCUCCACGACGUCCGCGUCGGGCCCAGCCGCCGGAGCAACUUCCUCGGCCGCGUCCGCCUCGACGCGCGCCAGUUCGUGCGCAAGGGCGAGGAGGCGCUCAUCUACUUCCCGCUCCAGAAGAAGGGAUUCUUCAACUGGGUCCGCGGCGACAUCGGCCUCAAGGUCUACUACGUCGACGUGCCGCUAGCGCCGCCGGAGCCCGAGCCGGUGCCGGAGCCACCCGCUGCUCCUGACGCCACGGCGGCGGAAGCAGAAGCGCCACCGCCGGCGGCCGACGAUGCUGCAGCUACGGCUUCUGCGGAUGAGCCACCGAAGGCGGAGGAGCCGGUGGGCGCAUCUCCGGCGCCACCUCAACCGGAGCCGGCAGAGGCAGCAGCCGGCGACGGAUCAACUACGGAGAAGCCACCUGAGGCUGACGCUGAUCCCGCAGCGGCGACAGCGACCCCGGCGCCGGAAGAUGCGCCCGUAAUGACGGAGGAGGCGGUGGCAGCACCGGAGGAGAAGCCGCCAGAAGAGCAGGAGCCGGUGCUGAGCCCGCCACCGCAGCCGACGCCGACGCCGACGCCGAUGCCGCGGCAGGUAUCCAUGCCCGUGAGGCGGCCGCAGCCGCCGCCGCCUCCACCGGAGGAGCCGAUGGAGCGGAGCAAGCACGAUCUGGUGGACAAGAUGCCGUACCUGUUCGUCCGGGUGGUGCGCGCGCGGGGCUCCCCGCCGGCGACGAAGAGGGUCGCCGGGAAAAAAGCGGCCGUGCACAUGCACGGAGGGCGGCUGCACGUGCGCGUGUGCCUCGACGGCGGCUACAACGUCCCCGACGAGCCGUCGUAUGCGUGCAGCGACUUCCGGCCGUCGGCGCGGCAGCUCUGGCCGCCGCCGCUCGGCGUCGUGGAGCUCGGCAUCGUCGGCUGCAAGGGCCUCCUGCCGAUGCGCGCCGCCGAUGGCAAGGGCUGCACGGACGCGUACGCCGUGGCCAAGUACGGACCCAAGUGGGCCCGCACGCGCACCAUCGCCGACAGCUUCGACCCGGCCUGGAACGAGCAGUACACGUGGCCGGUGUACGACCCCUGCACCGUGCUCACCGUCGGCGUGUUCGACGACCCGCCGCCGACGCCGCCGUCGGACGCCGCCGGGAAGGACGCCGCCGCCUCGCGGCCGAUGGGGAAGGUUAGGAUACGGCUGUCCACGCUAGAGCGCGGCCGCGUGUACCGCGGCCUGUACCCGCUCAUCAUGAUGCUCCCCACCGGCGCGAAGCGGAUGGGCGACGUCGAGCUGGCCGUCCGCUUCGCCACGUCGGCGUCGGCGCUCGAUGUCCUGCACGCGUACGCCCGGCCGGCGUUGCCGGCGAUGCACCACCUGCGGCCCGUCCCGGUGGCGCACCGGGAGGCGCUCCGGCUCGCCGCGGCGCGCGUCUCGGCGGCGCACCUGGCUCGGUCGGAGCCGCCACUCCGGCGCGAGGUGGCGGCGUGGAUGCUGGACGCCGCGGAGCCCCGCGGGUUCAGCAUGCGCAAGCUGCGCGCCAACUGGAACCGCGCCGCGGCCGCGCUCUCCUGGGUCGCCGCCGCCGCGCGGUGGGUGGAGGACACCCGGUCGUGGCGGAACCCGGCGGCGACCGCCAUGGCGCACGCCGUGCUGGUGCUCCUCGCGUGGCACCCGGACCUCGUCGUGCCGACGGCCGCGCUCCACGCCGCAGCCGUGGGGGUGUGGAGGUACCGGCGCCGGCCGCGCGCACCGGCGCCGCACCCGUGCGUGCGCACGUCAAUGGCGGAGGCGCCGGACAGGGAGGAGCUGGACGAGGAGUUCGACGCGAUCCCGAGCGCGAGGCCGCCGGAGGUGGUGAGGGUGCGGUACGACCGGGCCAGGAUGGUGGGAGCGCGGCUGCAGCAGAUGGUCGGCGACGUCGCGACGCAGGCGGAGAGGCUGCAGGCGCUCGUGUCGUGGCGGGACCGGCGCGCCACCGGGGUGUUCGUCGCGCUCUGUGUCCUCGUGGCCAUGGUGCUGUACGUGGUGCCGAUCAAGAUGGUGGCCGUGGUCGCCGGGUUCUACUACCUCCGGCACCCGAUGUUCCGGGACCAGAUGCCGACGCCGGCGAUCAACUUCUUCCGGCGGCUGCCUUCCAUGUCUGAACGAAUCAUCUAGGAGCAGGCAGCGGUGGGUCGACACUGACAGUAAGGCGUCAUAUGCAGUAGCCGAGAGAUCUUGAACCCGUGAACUUGUGAAGUAAUGGCUUAAUAUGCAGUAGCAGCUGUACUUUCUCUUCUAGUUUCCGUGAUAGGAAAGAAUAAUGUAGUGUUCCUUUCAAUGUACACUUGUUUUUUUUAGCACUUUGUUCUUGGUAGGAACUUUGAAUUUGGUCCAAUGUAAUUUAUGCAUGAUUCGGAAUACAAUAAAAUUUGUCUGGAA